AUGGUGAAGGUUGGAAUCAACGGAUUUGGCCGAAUCGGGCGCCUAGUAGCCAGGGUUGCAUUUACAACAAACAAAGUGGAAAUUGUAGCAAUUAAUGAUCCUUUCCUUGAUGUAAACUGUAUGGCUUACUUACUCAAGUUUGAUUCCACACAUGGCAAAUUUGCUGGCACUGUCAAACCUGAAAAUGAGAAGCUCAAUGUAAAUGGAAAAUCUAUUACUAUUUACCAGGAAAAGGAUCCUGCCAAUAUAAAAUGGUCAACUGCUGGAGCUGAUUAUGUCUUAGAAUCUACGGGUGCCUUUACUACCAUGGAGAAAGCUGGGGCUCAUCUGAAGGGGGGCUGCAAACGAGUCAUCAUUUCUGCCCCCUCAGAUGAUGCCCCUAUGUAUGUGAUGGGAGUAAACCAUGAGACUUAUAAUAAUUCCCAUAAAAUAGUUAGUAAUGCUUCCUGUACCACCAACUGUUUGGCCCCUAUAGCCAAGGUCCUCCAUGAGAACUUUGGCAUCGUGGAAGGACUCAUGACUACCAUCCAUGCCAUAACUGCUACCCAGAAGACCGUAGAUGGCCCUUCUGGCAAAAUGUGGCGGGACGGCCGAGGAGCUGGCCAGAACAUCAUUCCCGCUUCCACAGGGGCUGCUAAGGCUGUGGGCAAAGUCCUCCCUGAACUCAAUGGCAAACUCACUGGCAUGGCCUUCCGAGUUCCUGUUCCCAAUGUGUCAGUUGUAGAUCUGACCUGCCGCCUGGAUAAACCUGCCAAAUAUGAAGACAUCAAGAGGGUGAUGAGAAAUGCAUCAGAGGGAUAUCUGAAGGGUAUCCUGGGCUAUACGGAAGAACAAGUUGUGUCCACUGAUUUCAUUGGGGACCCUAAUUCUUCCACUUUUGAUGCUGAGGCUGGUAUAGCCCUCAAUGACUAUUUUGUUAAAAUCAUUUCCUGGUACGAUAAUGAAUUUGGUUAUAGUAACCGUCUGAUAGAUCUCAUGGCCUAUAUGUCCACCAAGGAAUAA